AUGCCAGAAGACACUUUUGACCCAACUUUGUUAAAGGAAAAGUAUCGCGCGGAACGAGACAAACGUAUUCGCGACGAUGGUAUUAAACAGUAUCAGGGGAUCGAUACCAGCUCGUUGAAGCACUAUGUUGAAGAUCCAUACGCUGAGCCCGGGUUCAGUCGCACCCCAAUCGACGAAGAUGUCGAGUUCCUAGUGGUUGGAGGCGGCUUUGGCGGACAACUCAUUGCAGCACGUCUUCUUGAAUCUGGAACCACCAACAUCCGUAUCAUCGACAAGGCGGGAGAUUUUGGAGGAACCUGGUACUGGAACCGUUAUCCAGGAGCAGCGUGUGACCUUGAAUCAUAUAUCUAUAUGCCAUUGUUAGAAGAGCUCAACUAUAUGCCAACGGAAAAGUACACCAGAGCACCAGAGUUGUUUGAACAUGCUCGCAACAUCGGAAAGCAUUUCGGACUUUACGAUAAAGCCUUGUUCCAGACUGAAGUUCUCGGUCUGAAGUGGGAUGCGACUGCCCGUCAUUGGAUUGCAAGAACGAAUCGUGGCGACACUAUCCGUGCUCAGUUCGUUGCCACAGCGAGUGGCCCUCUUCAUAAGCCGAAGCUUCCUGGUGUUCCCGGUAUUGAGACGUACAAGGGACACAGUUUUCACACUAGUCGAUGGGAUUACGAUUAUACUGGGGGCAACACAACAGGAGGGUUGAGCAAAUUGGCUGAUAAGCGUGUUGGAAUCAUUGGAACUGGUGCCACGGCAGUCCAAUCAAUUCCCCACCUCGCUCGCGGGGCUGGUCACCUCUAUGUGUUUCAACGGACUCCAUCUUCGGUUGACAAGCGACUCGAUCAACCAACUGACCCAACGUGGGCAUCUUCAUUGACGAAAGGAUGGCAACAGAAAAGAAUGGACAAUUUCAAUAUCAUUGUCUCUGGAGGGCAUCAAGAUGAAGACCUUGUACAAGACGGUUGGACCGACAUCCUGAGAAACCUUUCAGUCCUUGGAGGAGCCGAUCAACCCACUGCAAAUCAAUCCUCCUCCUCUCUACAAAUGGCUGAUUUUCGAAAGAUGGAGCAAGUUCGAGCUAGAGUGGAUCAGGUCAUAAAAAACCCAGCGCUCGCGGAGAAGCUGAAGGCAUAUUAUAAUCAGUUCUGCAAGCGGCCCUGUUUCCAUGAUGAGUACCUCCCGGUUUUCAACCAAGAGAAUGUUAGCCUCGUAGACACAAACGGAAAGGGAAUCGAACGUGUCACUGAAAAUGGAAUUGUGGCAAAUGGUGAAGAAAUCAAGUUGGAUGCUAUCGUCUACGCCACCGGAUUCGAAUUCAGUACCGAUUACAGCAAGAGAAUUGGUAUUGAGAUUACGGGAGUUAACGGAACUACCCUUAGUGAAAAAUGGGAGGACGGUGAGAAAACAAGCACGUUGCAAGGAUUUUGGACGCGAGGCUUUCCAAACCUAUUCGUUGUUAGCAUUGUCCAGUCAGGCAUGACACCUAAUUUCUCGCAUAUGUUAGGUGAGCAAGCCAAGCACAUUGCCUAUGUGGUCAAAGAAUGUAGAGAAAGGAAGGUUAUGAGUGUUGAGGCGGAACAAGAGGCAGAGGAUAAGUGGGUCCAGACCAUUAUGGAGGGGGGGAAGUUGCAGGCAGAUUUUGUGAAGGAUUGUACGCCAGGAUACUACAAUCAGGAAGGCCAGAUUACGGACAGGGCUUUGCGAAAUUCUUCUUAUGGAUGGGGGUCUUCUGCUUUUAUUAAACUUUUGGAGGAUUGGAGGAAGAAUGGAGGACUUGUUGGGCUGGAGUUGACGAAAGCAUAGCUAGAUGCAUAGAAAAUGAUUAUAGCCUACUUUGGGCAGACAUAUACAGA